GUACACUGUACAGUGAGCCCUGGCAGAUGGCCCGGCCCCUCGCAUCGCAUCGAAUCGUAAAAGCAUAACGGCGUUCAUUAAUCAUGCAGGUAAGGCCAUGAGACGGACCGGAGAACACGCGGGUAAACUGAAGCAGAAAACUGCAGAAUACGAGAAAUACAUACAUCUACCGGGAGGGAUAAGAGGCCGAGUGGCAAAAAGAACCAUCGACAACUGUUGCCAAUUAGCAGGCAACAUGCAAAGCGCAUUUGCAUCUGCAUCUGCAGCAUUGCCCCUUGCCGUUUGACAGCGGAAGAGAAGCAGCGCUGGAAAAUUGAAAAUUUAAUCAGUUCAAGUCGCGGUGGGAGAUUAACUACAGAUUCCCUCAAUAAAUUCGUUAACGGAGAAGCUCUACCUGUGGAUGUGUGGCAUGUGUUUGUGUGUGUGUGCCUUUGUGUGUGGAUCAAUCUACCUGCCACCUUCCUCUGCCUCUUGCCUUAAAAGUCCCCUGCACACGCACUGAUUGCAUCAUUUGGCCUCUGACAAGAGACGGAAGACGAGAGAGCAUUAGAACAGCGUUUCGAUUUGCAUAGCAACGAGCAACCAGCAUACCAGCAAUCCAAUCCCACGGACCGAACAAUGUCAGACAAUACCAGAAGCACCAUUCCAACUGCCAACCCACGAGAGAAGACCGUGAGCUAUGCCCUGUACUUGCACCGACAGGAACUGGGACGCCCGAAGCGCCGUCUGAUGCGCAUUGCCGGCACCAAGCUGCAUCUGACAAACGAGCUCAUCCUCCUGCAACAGCGGCGUCAGUGGGAGGCCGAUAGUCCCGCGGAGCUCGUCUACCAGCAGAGGAGUGCUCUGAAUCGCGAGAGCAUAUACCGCGACAGGCUCUGGCGCAACAUGAAGCGGCAGCUCGAGAAGCGGCAGCAUCGCCAGCGGGUGAAUCUCCAGCAAAUGGGAAAGCUAUAGAAUAUACAUAUAGGGUAUAUAUCUGCCAGAUAUGUACAUAGGUGUAAGGCUAGUCCAAGGGACUUUAAGGCAGUUUAAGUGAUAAGCAAUAAAGCGGCAUA